UUUUUUUCUUACUAUAUUCAAUGGUUCAACCUACUAUAAAUCUCGAAGAGCAAAAUGAACAAAAUGAAUCUCCAUUCUUUGAAUAUCAUCACUUGAAAGCUAUUCAAGAUCAUGACAGUCGAUACUUUGGUCAAAACAACCUUGAGAAUUCAUCCUCAAAAGAGAAGAUAGGUUCUCCGUACAUGGACGAAGAAGAGCAAGAUUGGUUAGUAAGUAAUCGAUUGCCUUCUAUUCCUUUAUCUGCUGCUGUUGAUGAUGUUCCUACCAACACAACUUAUAAAGAUGAUGCUAUUACUGAGGAAUUACGUGAACUUUAUAAUACAUUCCAAACAUGUUUGGAUUUGCGUAAGAAAUAUAUAAGAAAAUCUAAACAAAGAUUUAAAGAUAAUCCAAAGAACAAAGAUGAUUGGGAAAUAUAUCCUCCACCUCCACCUCCAUCUUGGCCUUUACCCCCACCUGAAGAAUUAAAAAGAAGGCGCAGGAAGGAGAAGGAACGUGAAGCUGAUCCUGUAGCUGCUGUUGGAAGUGAUUUCGAUAUAAAUCAUAUUAAAAUUCCUGGCGACCAUCCUUACACUUUUGGUAUUGGUACAGAUGGAUUUUAUCAUGUUUAUAAGAAUGAAGAAGAUAAAGAAAAUAGGGAACCUGCUUAUGAUAUUCCCUCUUGCAAGGAUUUUUAUACAGACUUGGACUUCAUUUUGACUGCUAUCAGUGAUGGUCCCGCUAAAAGUUUUGCAUUCAGACGACUUCGCUAUCUUGAUAGCAAAUGGCAAAUGUAUAUCUUGUUGAAUGAAUUUCAAGAAUUAGCUGACUCUAAACGUGUUCCUCACAGAGAUUUUUAUAAUGUACGUAAGGUGGAUACUCACGUUCAUCAUUCAAGUUGUAUGAAUCAAAAGCAUUUGUUACGUUUUAUUAAAGCAAAAAUGAAAAAAUCUCCGGAUGAUCUGGUUAUUUAUCGUGAUAAUGAGCACUUGACUUUAAAAGGUGUAUUUGAAAGCUUGGGGCUAACUGCUUAUGAUCUCAGUAUUGAUACUCUGGAUAUGCAUGCACAUAAAGAUUCCUUUCACCGUUUUGACAAAUUUAAUUUGAAAUAUAAUCCAGUCGGUGAAAGUCGACUAAGAGAAAUCUUUAUGAAAACCGAUAACUAUAUUCACGGUCGCUAUCUUGCUGAAAUCACAAAGGAAGUUAUCUCAGAUCUUGAAUCAUCUAAAUACCAAAUGGCUGAAUAUCGUGUCUCUAUUUAUGGCCGCUCUAUUGAAGAAUGGGACAAACUCGCUAAAUGGGUUGUAGACAAUAAACUUUUUUCUACUAAUGUACGUUGGCUAGUACAAGUUCCUCGUCUCUACAAUAUUUAUAAGACAACGGGUAUUAUUGAAAACUUUGGAGAAAUCAUCAGGAAUAUCUUUCAACCUCUUUUCGAGGUCACUAAAAAUCCUUCAACUCAUCCUGAACUUUAUAUCUUUUUACAACGUGUUGUUGGUUUUGAUUCAGUUGACGAUGAAUCCAAAGUAGAGAAACCAUUAUAUCGAGAAUACCCUUUACCUAGAGAGUGGAACAAUUAUUCUAAUCCACCUUAUUGUUACUAUCUCUAUUACAUUUACUCAAAUUUAGCUUCCCUUAACAAUUGGCGAGAAGAACGUGGUCUGAAUACGUUCGUCUUAAGGCCUCACUGUGGUGAAGCAGGUAAUACGGAUCAUCUAGCUGCUGCCUUCUUGACUGCUCACGGUAUCAAUCAUGGUAUCCUCCUCAGAAAGGUCCCUGCCCUUCAAUACCUCUAUUAUUUAGCUCAAAUUGGAAUUGCCAUGUCACCUCUCUCGAAUAAUGCUCUCUUCUUGACCUAUGAACGUAAUCCAUUACCCCAAUUCUUUCAACGUGGGCUUAAUGUGAGUAUCUCAACAGAUGAUCCUCUUCAAUUCCAUUUUACACGUGAGCCUCUGAUUGAAGAAUAUAGUGUGGCUGCUCAGAUAUGGAAACUCUCGUCCACUGAUAUGUGUGAACUAGCACGUAACUCAGUAUUGCAAAGUGGUUGGGAACAUCGUAUCAAACAGCAUUGGAUUGGUAAAAACUAUUAUAAAAUGGGUGUAGAUGGGAAUGAUAUGUCCAAGACAAAUGUACCCAAUAUUCGUAUUGAUUAUCGACAUGAAACAUUAUUAGAGGAGUUGAAUGCAUUAAGAAGGUAUGCCCCCAAGGAAGAAGGAGGUGAAGGAGUUGCGCUUGAAGAUAUGACACAGCGUGAUAUGAUCGGUGUCGCUGGUCUGACGGAGGGCCCCCGUUUACAACAGAAUAUGAUGCCAAACGUUCAACAAGAUCCGACUUCUCCUCUAGUAGUGUCACCUGUCGACAUGUGCAUUGGCGAGAAGAUAAUCGAAAUGCUUUCCCAGGUGUUGCUGUUGUUGCUGAAAGAGCAAGGCAAAGACGUUUAA